AGACGGUGUACAUCAGUUCCUCAGUCGAACCAUACCUUCAUGUCGGAAGCAGUAAGUGAAACAUGUUCAUCAGAAUCGCGCCAUUCUAUCGAAAAGCUUGACAUCGGAGAGGACAUGGAUUCAGAAAAGAGCAGUUCUGCAAGGAGAGAGUCUGCAAACUUCCCGUCACCGAGCAAGAUCGAAAGCUUCAGUCUUUCUGCUCUCUAUCAUCUUGAAAGGUACAUGCGUGCAAGAGACGACAAGUUAGAAUCAAACACGCCAGCUAUAAGCGACCCCAAUAUGAUGAAAUAUGGUUUGUCUAUCUUCAUCCCAGGCUAUUCUUGCAAGCCGUCAGAGGAAGGUUUCAAGUUUCAGAAAAAUUUGAAAUUUCAUUUCUAUCGCUUGACAAGAUUGUCAUUGCUGAAAUAUAUUGCAGAAGAUGCUGAAUUCUGGAGGGAAUCUCGAAGAACUCUGAGCAGGCUUGAACAUUUUAAGAGCGAGGAGCUGCUGGGAAGCAGGUGGGG